AGCUGGUGCUGUCUCGAAAGCGGGCGUCCCAGUCUUUAGCAUGCGCGUCCCGCCCCCCGAGCUGCUCAACCCGUGCGCGGGCGAGCCGAUCGUGGCCGACACCAGCGGGCUCUGGCUGCCCUGCCCCGACAUGACCCACUCGCGCGAAAGCAUCGAUCUCUUCCGCGCCGCGGACAGUGUUCUCGUGCCGCCAAGUCUCGAGGCUGCGAUGCCAGAGUUCCUUCUUCCGCAGGCCCAUACGACCAACCAAGACCAUCCUGUUGCGCUCCUUGCGACAGUCGCCUUCGAGUCGAGCGUCGAGCACGCGACGCGCGGCGGCGACGAUGACGACGACGACCUCGGAUCGGCCGCGCGCCUCUCCGGCUGGGCCUGGAAGAAAGGCCAUUCCCACAAGGCGUACCAGCGGCGGUUUUUUGUGCUUCAGAACGGCGACCUCUCGUACUACAACGCACCGGUUGGCCGGCACGGCUUGUACGACCAGAACAAGGGCUACCGUGGGUCCGUGCCGCUCUCGGCCGUCACCUCGCUCCAGCCGGCGAGCGUGCGACUCGUGUCUGGGCCCGCCAACCGCAGUCUUCGAUCUCUAUUUGUCAAGCAGCCGUCGCCUGACGCCGAAGAGCGCUUUGGCAUCGACCUCGUGACGCCGGCUCGGACGUGGAGCCUCGUAUUCGACGACGCCAGCGCACACGCCAAAUGGACACGCGAGCUCGCGACCGCGGUGCCAACUGCAGCCGUGCACUCGGCCUUGCAAGGUGUCGAGACAAAGGAUGUAGCGACGCUUCGCUCGCGAUCAACCUCGACGCUGCCGACGAUCGAAUUUCCGUCCGACGCCUUGGUCGGCGACGUGCUCACGCUCACGCGGGCCAAGCUCGGGGUCAGGACCGGCAACGAGAAAGAUGACGAGACAGUUGAAGACGAUGACGUGAUGCACCACUUUGCACUUCGCUUUGGCGGACACCAAGCCUAUCUUCGGACGACAACCCACCAAAUGCACGACUUUGCCCAUGUCGCUGAGCUCCUGGCGACGGAUUCGCGCAGUCUGCACCUCGUCCUCGUGCACGUGCCGCCGAUGGCGAUGUCGACACUGAGAACGAACCACCGUCCACUGGCGAUGGCACGGCCCGCGCGCAGCCUCGAUGCGGCCAUGUCCUUUCCACUGACCAUGCCGUCGCUCGUCGAGAGCUGGCGCGUGAGCCAGUCGGUGCGCAUCUCGGUGCACGAAGCGCUCAACAUUCCACUCGUCGCGUUUCUGAAGCAGCCAUCGCACCUCGGUCUCGAGGCGACACCGCUCAUGUACUCGCACGUGGUCGUGCGCGUCGAGCUCUGGUUUGGCGAGACGCUGCUCGAACCGUGGCAGGAAACCGCGCCCGUGAAGCUGCAAGCCAAUACGUCCUACCCGGCGUGGACCGCAGUUUGGCCCGCGUCUUUAAAAGCGCUCAAGUCGAAGCGCAAGAUCAACCAGCUGCCCCGCGAGACGCGGCUUGUCUGUACGCUCUUUGGCGUCAAGAAAGACGUGCACGGGCUCGCCACGUGCCUUGGCGACGACAGCGACCGCGAGCAGAUUGUCGCCGCCUCCAUGCAGCUAUUCGACUUGCACGGCCAGCUGCGGCAGGGCCCACAGUACGUCGCGAUGGUCGCCCACACCCACGUGCUCUCGCCACAGUGCUUGGAUGCGUCCCAGCCGUUGCUACACAUGAGCUUUGGCGUCGCCGACUACCGAUGCUACUUUGAGCUCAUGCACAAAUCGGUCUUUCUCAAGCAGCAACGCGGGCGCAUGGCGUCGAUCGAGCCGCGCUGCGGGUGGCUUCGAAAGCUCGGGCGCGGCGUCGGCCGGCGCAUCUGGGCCGAGCGGUGGUUUGUGCUGGACGGCGGCCAGCUCCGCGACGCCGAGGACCCGGCGUUCCCGCCCAAGCACUGCAUCGACGUCUCGUCGGCGUCGGUGAGCCUCAUGGACGAGUUGAACGAGUCGUACACGACGUUUGCUGUCAACAAGGGGACGCGCAAGGAGCAGUCGACGUUUUGCUUUCAAGUGCUCGCGCAAGGGCACUUGUUGGUGCUCUCAGCGCCGACCAAGGCCGAUCGAACCAGCUGGAUGACGGCGAUUCAAGCCGCUUCCACCGACGUAGAGCCUUCGCCACUCUCGUACCUUUUAAGUCCGUCGGGCGGCGCCGAGAGUCCGCGCAGCAGCAAUGCGAGCAGCGUCGGCGGCGACGCCCUCGACGACGUGGUCGCGUUGCUCACGCGCGAUCCGCUCGCCAAGCUCUCGUCGAGCCAAAAAGCGCUCGUGUGGUCCAACCGGAAUGAAUUUUUGCAUCAGUUUGACAUGCUGCGUCACGUGCUCUUGAGCGCCGACUGGACAAGCCCCGUCGACGUCGACGAUGCCGCGAUCUGCCUUCAGAUCUGGGCCAAACCGGCAAUGGCAGCCGAGUGGCUCUGCUUGUUGACGCCGGCGUUUCCAAUGGCGCUGGUCCGCGACUUUGCACUGAGCCAGCUGACCUUGAUGCCACCCGACGAGUGGGUGCGCAUCCUCCCGCAGCUCGUACAAGCCAUCAAGUGCGAGCCGUUUCUGGCCUCGGGGCUGGCACUGCACGUGCUCUCGCAGGCGUGGACGUACCCGGGGCACGCCGGCGUUGCCCUCUUUUGGCUCUUGACCGUCGAAGUCGAGUCGCCGCAUGCAGGCUACCGCGAACGCUACGUAGCGCUGCUCAACGCCUACAUGGCCGGCGUCGCGCCGCCGAUCCGCGACAAGUGUCGCGCCCAGCACCAUCUUUUUGGCUCGAACGGUGUCUUUGACAACUUGAGUCAGUACGUCAAGAAGCUCAAGAAGAAGAGUGUGUCGAUGGUCGACAUCAAGCAAGCCAUGCAAGGGACGCUCGACGAGAUCAACGAGACGCUGCCAAGCACGUUGAUGCUGCCGCUCUACAACUCGGUCCAAGUCGGCAAGCUCCUCGUCGCCAAGUGCAAGGUCAUGUCGUCGGCCAAACUCCCGCUCUGGCUUGUGUUUGAAAACGCCGAGGCUGGCGGCGACCCCGUCACAAUCAUCUUCAAGUCGGGCGACGACGUGCGCCAGGACAGCCUGACGCUGCAGCUGAUCGGCGUGAUGGACGAGCUCUGGCGCGAGCGCGGCUUGGAUCUGGCGAUGGAGCCGUACAAGUGCGUGGCCACGGGCCAGCGCGUCGGCUUGCUCCAGGUCGUCUUGCAGGCCGAGACGACCGCGGCGAUCCAUCAGCGCAACGGAGCGCUCGGUGCGUUUGAUGACACGAGCUUCUCGUCGUGGUUGCGUCUGCACCACCCGACCCCCGAGGCAUAUGGCCUGGCCGUCGAUCUCUUCCGGCGGUCGUGCGCGGGCUACUGCGUCGCGACGUGCGUUCUCGGCAUUGGCGACCGGCACAACGACAACAUUAUGCUCACGCACGCGGGUCGGUACUUUCACAUUGACUUUGGUCACUUUCUCGGCCACUUCAAGUACCAGUUUGGCAUCAAGCGCGAGAAGACGCCGUUCGUAUUUACACCCGAGAUGGGCCACGUGCUUGGCGGCGUGAGCUCGGAUGCGUUUUCGCAAUUUGUCCAAACGUGCGGCGACGCCUUCAACAUUGUGCGCCGGCACGUGGCACUGCUCUCGACGCUGCUCUUGCUCAUGAUUCCGGCCGGCAUGCCCGAGCUGCGGGAUGCAAGGGAUUUGGACCACCUCGUCGAGAUUGCACUGCUCGACGUCGACGAUGCGACGGCAGCUGCCAACUUUGAGACCGCUGUGCACUACUGCAUGGGCAGCACCUUCAAGCGCGUCGACAACACGAUCCACAUCAUCGCCCACAAGUACCUGUAGAGUAGAAUCGCCGUUGAUGUUAGUAGUGUACAAUAUGUCUCAUACCCCG